CAUUUCUAAAGUACAAAUCAAAACAAGCCGUAAAUAUGGCAUAAUAUUAUAUAAUAAUUAUUAAAUUAUAAUGAAAUAAAUAUGAAUACACGUACGUAUCCCUGUAUUCGGUCAGUUCCGUUUCAUUGGCAAUAUAUAAAUAAUUAUUUAGUUCGAACAAUUGUGACAAAAUCAGCUCGAAAAGAACUUGAGGACAGUUACAAGCUUUUAAACAUACCUACCGACUCUAAUCAAGAAAGAGUGCGACAGGCUUUUCUGGAGUUAGCGAAAAAAUAUCACCCUGAUUCGAAAUCACCAGAUGCAAGCAUCGAUAAAUUUGUAGAAGUUGAGAAUGCUUUCCGAAUUCUAUCCAAACAUAAUACUGGCUCUAGCAAAAAGGAAGAGGUGGAAAAAAUUGUUUUUGAUAUAAGGCACACAGCACCACAACACCGUCAGUACUUAAGCUUUGAAGGAGUGGGGCAUGGAACUCCUUUUCAGCGGCAAAAGCAAUGGGCACAAGCUAGGGCAGAAAAAGCAGCCAUAAAUGUCAUGGAACACAGGAUCUCUAAAGCUGUUGCUUCUGACAAUGCACUAAUGAAGAAAGAGCCAGCUAAGAAACAUGACAUUAAAACAAAAUAUGGCUUUGAUAGACUUGUUGAAGAUCUAAUUCAGGAGUCCAUGUCUAAAGGGGAAUUUGAAAAUUUAAGCGGUAAAGGAAAACCUUUGAAAGAUCAAAAUAGGAAUCCAUAUGUUGAUUUUACAACACAUAAAUUGAAUGAGGUUUUGAUUAACAAUGGUUUUACCCCAGAAUGGAUAACAAUGAGCAAAGAGAUUGAUCAAGACAUUGAACUUUUAAAGGAAGAAAUAAGAAAUGAUAGAAUGUAUUUAGGACCACAUCCAUUGAAGGAAGAAGACAUUAAGAAGUGGGAAUGUAUUUAUGAAAGUAAUAGGAAUUUAGCAAAAUCCAUAAACACUAAAAUUAAUACAUAUAAUCUGAUUGUUCCUUUACUCAAUAAACAAAAAUUUCAUGUAGAGUUUGAUAAAAUUUGUGAAGACAUUUUGAUAAAUGGUCAACACUCAGUGAAGGAAAAAGAAAAAGUUAAAGAGCAAAUUCAAAAUGUUACUAUCACAGAAAAUGAUGAUUUUGUGGGUAUUUUAUUUAAAGCAUUUGGUGAAUUAAUUAACUUUAAUACUGACAAGAAAAAGGGAUGAAGGAUUAAUGAAUAAUCCAGUCAACUUUUAUGUAGUUUUAGAAUAUCUGUGAUAUUAAUUAUAACACAUUAUAUACAUACCUUUGAUUUCAGAUUAUUUUUAUUACACAUUUUAUUAUGUUUGAGAAAUAAAAAACUGUUUGCAAUUGAA